AAAAUUUCAGAUUACUCAUUUUCUCGUUCGGAAGAAAUCAGAACUGGGGUCUGCGACGCUGCGUCUUGUGUGGCUGUCUCCGUCUGGGCAUUGUUGGGUCUGCGACGCUACAUCUCGUGUGGCUGUCUCCGUGGGUGUCGUCCAUCUCUGUGGGUGUCUCCGAAUAAGUAGUUUUGCGUGGGUGUUUCUUCCAUCUCUGUGGGUGUCUCGUCCAAAUCUGUGUUGUGUGGGUGUCUCCGUGGCUAGCUUCAGGAUUUGUGGCUGUUUAGGCUGGGGAUGGAUGGAAUGGAAAGAAGGAAACGUCGCAAAGGCAAGGGAAUUGUACCAAAUAGCUCUGUCAAUUAACUCAACUAGUGAAAGUGCUGCUCGAUGUCUUCAGGCUUGGGGUGUUCUUGAACAGAGGCUUGGUAAUUUAUCAGCAGCCAGAAGAUUAUUUAGGUCCUCGUUGAAUAUAAAUUCACAAAGUUAUGUAACCUGGAUGACAUGGGCAUCAUUGGAGGAGGACCAGAGCAACUCUGUACGUGCUGAGGAAAUAAGAAACCUCUAUUUUCAGCAGGUCAGAUAUGGUCAAUAUUGUGUAUUGGAAUGUAAGUCAUGGAAUGUGUUGAAACUGUGUAUUGGAUGUAUUUUGAUGUGAGUGUAUUGGACUGUAUUGGAACUGCGUACUGGAAUGUAAGUGUGCUUUGAAUGGCCAUUUAUAGCAGGUUGGAGUUUUGUG